GCUUGAAACACCUCAGUUGACUGCUGAUCAUCAUAGCGUUAACUGUUUCAGCACCGUUUCGCAAACUUCAUACAAUUCAUUUAUAAACAUAUGGUUUCGUUUUAUUAAAAUAAUCUAGACGAAAAAAAAGACCCGAGAAUUUACGUUGAAUUUCCUGUUGACCGUGAAAGUUGAUUACAACGUUUAUUUAAUUCAAUAUAUAAACCAGCUAAAAUUCAAUUAUUCUUGGAAAAAUGUGCAAUUCAAGCGAAUGCACAGCAAUUUUAUAAAUGAAAUGUUAAAGACGUGUAUAUGAUUCAAACGCAUCAAGUGAUCAUUUGUGAUUUUCCAUUUUUUUUUAUUUAAAUAACAAGUGUGAUCAAGUCGAUGAAAUAUAAACGGAUACGUUCCUAAUUCCUCAUUCUUAAAUCAAACAAAUUCCUUAUUUUGCUGUGAUAUUGCCGUUUUUUUCUUUUUUAAAUCAUUUUUUAACAGACGAUAGAAGCGACAACGUAAAUAGUGACGCUUGACAGAAUGGGUUAUAAUAAUCCAGCUUUUGUAGACGAUGACAAUAGCAGCAAAUCGUCAAAUACAAGGACAACCACUCGAAAUGACGAUAGGCAACAACAACCACCGACAGCAGCACCAACAACAACAAAUGAUGUCGUGCAUGAAACAACGAAUGGUGUAACUGGUAUGACAACGACAGUAGCCGGCAAAACAUCGACGACAACGGCGACUAAGGAACGAGCCAACUGGGGCAAUGAUAUUGAAUUUUUGAUGUCAUGCAUUGCGAUGUCGGUUGGCCUUGGUAAUAUUUGGCGUUUUCCGUUUACAGCACUGGAAAAUGGCGGAGGCGCAUUUUUAAUACCAUAUUUAAUUGUAUUACUCAUCAUUGGACGACCACUUUACUAUAUGGAAAUGUUACUCGGCCAAUUUUCUUCAAGAAGUUCAAUCAAAGUUUUCGAUCUCGCACCCGCACUCAGAGGCGUUGGUUAUGCUCAAGUGAUUUCAACCGGCAUCGUUGCCACUUAUUACGUAACCAUUAUGGCCAUAACAUUACACUAUUUCUUUAAUUCAUUCAAAUCAACAUUACCAUGGACAAUAUGUCUCACCGAAUGGGGUGACACAUGUAAACCAUCCGCACCAGAUUCAACCGUCCAACGAUUCAACGAAUCGAUUACCGAAUCGCGCAGCUCAUCAGCUGAACUUUACUAUACAAAAGAGGUGCUCAAGGAAUAUCCAACCAUUCAAAAUGGUAUUGGAACGCCAGACAUCUACUUGACAAUGUGUUUGGGUUUGACUUGGGUAAUAAUUGUAUCGGUGCUAAUUAAGGGAGUUCAAAGUUCCGGAAAAGCUUCGUAUUUUUUGGCGUUGUUUCCAUAUGUCAUUCUAUUGAUUCUAUUGGCUCGUGCCGUAACAUUGCCGGGUGCAUUCAAUGGUAUCUUGUUUUUCAUUCGACCUCAGUGGGACAAACUCUUUGAUCCGACGGUGUGGUACGCCGCAAUAGUGCAAUGUUUCUUCUCAUUGGCCGUUUGCUUUGGUAAUUUAAUUAUGUAUGCGUCGUUUAAUCGUUUCGACCAUAACGUCUAUCGGGACGCGACCAUAGUCACAACGUUGGAUACAUUUACAUCGUUGUUGGCCGGCUUUACAAUUUUUGGCAUUCUUGGGCAUUUGGCUCAUGAAACUGGCGCAACAGAUAUUGGGGAGGUGGUCAAAGGUGGUGCGGGGCUAGCAUUCAUUUCAUAUCCCGACGCGAUUGCACGUUUCCGAGUCGUUCCACAGGUCUUUUCCGUGCUGUUCUUUUUUAUGCUGUUCGUUCUUGGCAUUGGCAGUAAUAUUGCGAUGUGCUCGUGCAUUACAACUGCCAUUCUUGACCAAUUUCCCAAAUGGAAACCAUCAAUUGUUGUGCUUGCUGUUGCAUUUUUCGGAUUUUUGAUUGGCUUAUUAUAUAUUACGCCGGGUGGACAAUUCAUUUUGAACUUGGUCGACUUCUUUGGUGCCUCGUUCAUCGUAUUCAUCUUAGCCAUUGCAGAAAUGGUGGCCGUUUGUUGGAUUUAUGGUGUUGAUCGAUUGUGUCGUGACGCUGAGUUUAUGAUAAAUCGUAAUCCCGGUCGUUAUUGGCGAACAUGUUGGGGAAUUUUAACACCAUUGAUUAUGAUAGUCAUACUAAUUUAUACGCUGAUAUCGUACAAACCGCUCAAAUACAAAGAUCAACUCUAUCCACCAACUGCAUACGCGAUCGGUUGGACGAUAUCCGCAAUAGGGUUGAUGCAAUUGCCAUUGUGGGCUGUAUAUACUGUGAUUAAACAAAAUGGUGAUACAUGGAGCGAGAAAAUUCGAAAUAGUUUCCAUCCAAAUUCCAAAUGGGGACCAGUCGAUCCGGUUACAAUGGAAAAAUAUCAAAAGUAUAUCGCCAAUUGGCACAAUCAACUCACUGAAAAUCCACCAAAAAACAUAUGGCAAAAGAUUAUGCAAAAAAUCUACGGUUAAUCGACAGAAAUCGUUGAUUGGAACACAAAAGGCUUGUAUUACAAGUCGAAAAUUGAGAAAAAUAAUACAUUUUAGAUCAGACAUUUUUGAGAUAGUAUUUUUGUAUAAGUUUAUUGAGAAAUCACUAAGUUUUUAAUAAAAAAAAAGUACGACUAA